AUGUCUGACAACACAGCGCGAGCUGCCUCGAGGCAGGACGAGGCAGCGGACAGGAAGAAGUCAGCAGAGGAGAAGACAAAGUUCCUGGAGAAGAGGAUCAUGAUCGACCGGCAGCUCGGGAGGUCCCGCCAUGGUUCCUGGCAGUUCCUGCGUCGGAACGCGGAUCUAGCGUUCGAGGACUUCGCUGAGAGGAUAGGAACUCCAAGGGACCGUCCCGCAAGGGAUCAAGUCCUACCACUCAGUGCGAGGGGAACAAGAUCGACCUUUGAAGAUUGGUCUGCAUUCCGAGAUGAUGCUUCCUUGCAUCCUGCAAGGACGCCCAGGCGCCAUGUCGCCCGGUCCUCCUCGUCCCCAGCCAGCUGCACUCCUCGCAACCUGCCAUGCACGGAGAGCUUCAAGUGCAUCCCGGACCCCAGGUGGAAGGAGAUCUUCAGCCGGUCAGCCAAGGAGUUUGAGAAGGCCGUGCAACUGGAAAAGCUGUAUGCACAGAAGAUGUUUGCGUACAAGGGAGAGCAGGUGUCAAGGAAGCGAAUCGAACUCAACACGCCCAGGGCUGCCAAGGGGGACUAG